AUGACCAAACGGAUCUCCAAGCCCAAGAAACCCAAAAGAUCGGUUCAUUGGAAGUACAUUAAGGAGAUCUUACUGGCUGAGUUUGAGGUUAAGGAUGCUAAGCGGAAAGAUCAGUCGGCAGAAGAUGACCAGAGGGAGGCAGAAGAAGCAGAGCAUGAGAUGGAGCAGAUUCUUAACAUGCUACGUCUGUUCCUACAUAUGGAGAAGUUGAUGCUGUUUUCACUCUUAGCAUGUCUCAACGCGUUUCUUUACUACUUCACAACAUUCCCAGCGCGGCUUCUUUACAACUUCGUAGGGAGGAAGAAGUUGCGUCAAGCUGAUAGAGAGUUCAAUUUACUAGCCUUAAUUGCUCUUGCUUCCUUGGUGCUCUUUAGGGUCGAUACUUCGAGAGUUUAUCACAGGAUCAAAGGUCAAAGUGCUAUCAAACUUUACAUGAUGUUUGGUGUACUUGAAAUGUGCGACAAAAUGCUGUCUUCCGUCGGACAGAGCUUGAUGGUAAUAGUACAGACGAAAAGGACACGUCAGACUAAGCUACAGAAAGCAUUGCUCAACAUGUGCGCGUUGGGGUAUCUUUCUUGUCAUGGAUACAUUUUGAUGUACGAGACCAUUGCGCUCAACGUCGCAGUGAAUUCAUACUCGAAUUCCCUUUUAACCCUCUUACUUUCAAUGCAGUUUGCUGAAAUCAAGGCAAGUGUUUUCAAGCGCUUUGAUAAGGAGGGUUUGUUUCAAAUUACAAUUUCCGACAUAAUCGAAAGAUUUCAAAUGGUAAUUCUAUUGACAAUUAUCGCACUACGCAAUCUUGUUGCAACUAGUACAUCAUUUUCGACCCUAAUUCCAGAUUCGUGGUCUUGGAAUUCAACUUCUUCCAUCGUGGUUGGAAUUCUGUGCGGUCCUGUUUUGACUGUUGUUGGAAGCGAGAUAUUGGUGGACUGGAUAAAACACGCCUACAUCACGAAAUUCAACCGAAUUAGACCUCAGAUGUACGACACGUACCUAAGAAUUAUCUCUCAUGACCACAUGUGCAAUCUUCAAAAACUCCAGAUACGGCUUGGACUCCCAGUUCCUGCUCUCGUAGUACUGUUUAUCGUGAUGAUCAGACCUUCUUUGAAAAUAGGGUUAUUUGAAGUCUCAACUUCGGUUGCAGGAAGUGUGGCUAUGGUGUUAAUGGCAUUUGUUUGUUUGUUUCUCACAAAGUUUGUUCUGUAUCUAGUGCUAGCGAGAUGGUCGCAGGCAAUGCAAGCAAAUGGUCUUACGGGUAGUACAGAUACAAAGGUAACGGAAGAGAUGUAUGUUCCGGGGACACCGUCAUCAGGAAUGGGCAAGAUUGACGAGCAGUUACGCGCUCAGCUUCACGCUACAGACGCGCAGCAAAUCGACACAAAACAAAAGCAGGCAUCUGUCCCUCCAAGCUCUAAUGAAAUUCGAGCCCAAAGAGAUUCCAAGCGCAACUUGAAGAACGUCACGCGUUACAAAAUGGUUUCGAAGCGCAUAUGGUGA